AUGUCGAAUGAAGUGCCAGACACAGUACGACAACAACACGUAAUCCAUCCUCAAUAUUUCUUCGCAAUUUCACUUUUUUUCCUCCAUGGAUACUAUAAUUUCGUACGGCUGGAUGGUUGGUUUCACGGAGCCAUAAACCUUCUCAAAGAAACCAUAACGAUCAUUAUCCUUGGCCCAUUUUGCUUCAGUAAUUAUGACGCAAGCCGUGACAAGAAGCGUGAUAUUGCGGAACGUAAUGUGCGGCAAGCUACCCACGCGGCAAACAUCACUGCAGUGGUCUUUAUUACGAUUCGAUUAAUUUGGAAUUUUUCUGUGCUGGCGACGCACAAUAACGGUAUAAGCGACAACGCGAAUGCGUUUGAGAUUAUGAAUAAUGGAUUUUGGCUUGUCCCGCUUAUGACAAUCGCGUUCUUUAUUCGGCUCUGCUCGUUAAAGCCCGACACUGGUGAGCUCCAAUUUCUUAAAUAUAUUUUGAGGUAUCCAUGGCGAUUCAUCUCGCCGACAAGACAGAACGAAACGUUCAGUGGUGGAAAUAAGCGUCAGGAAAGAAGGUCGUAA